CUUUUUAGGACUGCUUAGAAGUACUGUGAAACAUGAGUUCAGCAGGUGCACUUCGCAGGCUUCCAUUACUGCUGCUCGCGCAGGGCCAACGAGCAAAUACCAUCGCGCACAUAGCUGCUUCAAGUAGACUUUCUUUUACAGGGAUCAAUGACCAGCGGUAUGGCGACAGCCAUAGGCACCGCCCUGGUAUCUUACUAGCUGCAGCUUCUUUGCUUGGGAUCGGUGCUGCGGCCACGGUGACUACCGCAUCUGCUGAUGCGCCAACCCCUAUCGAGGUGGCAUCGGACCCGUACGCGCGGCCAGCAGAGGCGCACCCUCUGCCAUCAAAAAUUACGUUGUACCAGUAUGAGGUCUGCCCGUAUUGCUGCAAAGUCCGGGCUUUCCUAGACUACUACAAGCUGCCGUACACUGUGAUCGAGGUGAACCCGCUGACUAAGGGCGAGCUUAAAUGGAGCAGCUAUAAGAAGGUGCCCGUUGUGAAGCUUGACGAGGAGGUGGUGGUGGACAGCUCGGCCAUCAUGUCUCGUCUCGCUAAGGAUAAUCCGCCGACGGUGGUGCCGCCGCCGCCGCCGCUGCCGUCAUCAUCAUCGUCCAGUCUAGAAGAGGAGGUCUUGUGGCGCAAGUGGGUUGAUGAGAAGCUGGUCAAGGUGCUGACGGCGAACAUCUAUCGCAACUGGGAUGAAUCCGUGGAAACCUUCAAGUACAUCACAGAACAGACGGGGUGGAGCUGGGGGGCCCGCGAAGUGGCCCGCUGGGCAGGUGCCGUUAUGAUGUGGCAGGUGGGUAAGCGCAUGCCGGCAAAGUACGGCAUCGAGGGCGAUCUCCGUAUGGCGCUGUACGACGUCGCCAAUGACUUUGCCGACAAUGCCCUGCGCGGCCGCCGCUUCGCCGGCGGUGACGUGGCGCCUAACUUGGCAGAUCUUGCCGCGUUUGGCGUUAUUCGAGCUGUACGACAGACGGGUGCGUUUCGCGACAUGAUGGCGAAUACGAGACUGGCGCCGUGGUAUGCGGCGAUGGAGGGGAUGGUGGGAGAGUCCGCACGGAUCAACCCAGGACAGGGGAAGCCUGCUGUUGCGGCAUGA